AACGGCCUCGCGGCCAGGCCAGUUAGCAUCCCCUGUGCCGCCCCGUCGGAGCAGCUGGGGGCUCAGGGGCUGCAGCUCUGGCUCCAGCCCCGCUCCCCACCAUGGGCAGGGCUGCAGCAGCUGCUGGGGCAGGGCAGGAGCAGCCCCCGCGGGUGCGGGGCCGCAGCUGUGCCUCAUCCCAUCGGGCCCGGGCAGGAUUUAAGCUGGGGAGCCCACCUGCAGGGUUUGGCCUCCUCACGAGUGGGGGCAGAGCUGAGCGGGGGUGUGAGGCAGACUCCUUGGAAAUUGAGGAAUGCAAUUCUGCCACCAUGAUGGAAGGAUUGAAAAAACGUACAAGGAAGGCCUUUGGUAUACGCAAGAAAGAAAAGGAUACCGAUUCCACGGGGUCGCCGGACAGGGACGGCAUCCCUCUCAGCCCUCAUCCCACUGAGCCACCUUGCCAUAGCAAACCCGACAGCGUGCGGGAAGGAGGAAAAAAAAAUUCGAAGAAAAGUAAUGGAGCCCCCAAUGGAUUUUACGCGGAGAUCGACUGGGACAGAUACAACUCCCCGGAGCUCGACGAGGAGGGGUACAGCAUCCGGCCCGAGGAGCCAGGCUCCACCAGAGGAAAGCACUUCUACUCCUCCAGCGAGUCCGAGGAGGAGGAGGAGGCCCACAAGAAGUUCAACAUCAAGAUCAAGCCGCUGCAGGCUAAAGACAUCCUGAAGAGUGCGGCGACGGUGGACGAGCUGAAGGCGUCCGUAGGCAACAUCGCACUUUCUCCAUCCCCUGUGAGGAAAAGCCCGCGGCGCAGCCCGGGGACGAUUAAGAGGAAUUUAUCCAGUGAGGAGAUCGCACGGCCCCGGCGCUCCACGCCCACGCCGGACCCCAGCAGCAGGAAGCCCCCCGAGGACCCCGCUGCGCUGGCACCGCUCUUUGGGCCCCCGCUGGAGUCGGCGUUUGAGGAGCAGAAGCUGGACGCUCCUCUGGACCAGCCCGAGAUCUGGGGCUCCAUCCAGCCCCCCAGCAGCGCCGACUCCCUGAAGCUGCCAAGACCUUUUCCAACUGGAACGCCGCCACCGCUGCCGCCCAAGAACGUCCCGGCCACGCCGCCCCGCACCGGCUCGCCCCUGACGGUGGCCCCAGGAAGCGACCAGCCAGCUGCCGAGGCCAAAAGUGACAAAGUGCCGUCGAUCAAUGACUUGGACAGCAUUUUUGGCCCCGUGCUGUCCCCCAAGUCCGUGGUUGUGCACACGGAAGACAAGUGGGUCAAUUUUUCCGAUCCCUCCCCGGAAAGCGUGACGGUGGUGCCGAGGCCCCGGGAGAAGGUCGCGUCCCCCCCGGUGGGGGCAGUGGGCAGCCCGGUGACCGAGCCCCCCCGCGCCCUCCUGUCCCCGCUGCGCCUGGAGGAGCUCCAGAAGAAGGCUUUGGAGCAGCCCCAUGCUAAAGAGGAGAACGCGGAGCCGGCCACCUCGCCCAAGGAUUUUGGGCCGGGACAGAGAGCGACCCCGCCGCCCCCCCCGCCACCCACCUACCGCACGGUGGUCUCGUCCCCCGGACCGGGUGCCAGCAGCGGCGCGGGAAGCCCCAGCGGUUCCUCGUCCCCGGCUCGCCCCGGCACGCCGCUGGCCGCCUGCGGCACCCCGCCGCCCCCACCGCCGCGGCCCCCCUCCCGGCCCAAGCUGCCCCCCGGCAAGCCUGCUGUCACCGACCUGUCCAGGCCUUUUAGCCCUCCUAUUCACUCAUCCAGUCCUCCUCCGAUAGCACCUUUAGCCCGUGCUGAAAGUACUUCUUCCAUAUCUUCCACCAAUUCCCUGAGUGCAGCCACCACUCCCACAGUUGAGAAUGAACAGCCUUCCCUCGUUUGGUUUGACAGAGGAAAGUUUUAUUUGACUUUCGAAGGCUCCUCGCGGGGCCCCAGCCCGCUCACCAUGGGGGCGCAGGACACCCUGCCCGUCGCCGCCGCCUUCACCGAAACCGUCAACGCGUAUUUCAAAGGGGCCGACCCCAGCAAGUGCAUCGUGAAGAUCACGGGGGAGAUGGUGCUGUCGUUUCCGGCGGGCAUCACCCGGCACUUUGCCAACAACCCCGCUCCGGCGGUGCUCACCUUCCGCGUGCUGAACUACAACCGGCUGGAGCACGUCCUGCCAAACCCCCAGCUCCUCUGCUGUGACAGUGCACAGAGCGACGCCAGCACGAAGGAGUUCUGGGUCAACAUGCCAAACCUGAUGACGCACCUAAAGAAGGUAUCGGAACAGAAACCGCAAGCCACCUAUUACAAUGUGGACAUGCUCAAGUACCAGGUAUCUGCCCAGGGUAUUCAGUCUACUCCAUUAAACCUUGCAGUGAGCUGGCGGUGUGAACCUGCAAGCACUGACCUCCGCAUUGACUACAAAUACAAUACAGAGGCAAUGACCACACCGGUAGCUCUAAACAACGUCCAGUUCCUCGUCCCCGUCGACGGAGGAGUAACCAAGCUGCAAGCCGUGCUUCCGCCCGCUGUCUGGAACGCUGAACAGCAGAGGAUAUUGUGGAAGAUCCCCGAUAUCUCUCAGAAGUCAGAAAAUGGAGGCGUGGGCUCUCUGCUGGCCCGCUUCCAGCUGUCGGAGGGGCCAAGCGCCCCAGCCCCGCUGGCCGUGCAGUUCACCAGCGAGGGCAGCACGCUCUCCAGCUGCGACAUCGAGCUCGUCGGCGCCGGCUACCGCUUCUCCCUCAUCAAGAAGAGGUUCGCGGCAGGUAAAUACUUGGCCGAUAACUGAAGGAAGCUUAUGCAAGUCUGUGGAAAAUAACACGGAAAAUAACCAAGGACUGCUCUGCGUGGAACGGGUUUUAAUUGCAGUUUAAGGAAAAUGAACUAAAUCCUGCACUCGGGACAUUUCUGUUGGAAGUGUCAACAACUUUCAGCGUUUUUUUCCUCGGAAAACACCGUCUUGACCAGUCCUACAGUAUUUACUUCUAGAUGUAACAUUGUUAAUGGUUUUAAAAUGUAAUUAUUGUAUUUGUAAAUUGUACUCAUUCCAGUAAGGCUGUAUUUUGGCAGUUAGACACUUGAGUUUUAGCAUUUUACCAUUCAUGAAAUGGAUGUAAUUUAAACUGUGGUAUAUAAAUUUAAUAGUAGUACUGUUGAAUGGCACAAAGCUUACAGAGGUAGAUUACAUUUUGUCAAUAUAUACGAUUUAAAUACAAUACUGAUAGCUGUUAUAAAGGGGGUGCCUCAAAACAAGAGAGCUAAGCAGAGCUGACAUGCUGGUUUACUUUUUCUUCAGUCCUUCGUAUGCCUGACGGAGAUGAAUAAAAAGCUCAACCUUCGGGUUUAGCUGGUCGAACUCCAGAACCACAUUUCCGUGAACAUGGAGGCUCCUCGUGCAGCCUCCCAGCAAAAAGAAGGGAAAACGCCACUUCUGUACAGAGCAUUUACUUCAAAUCUCCAUUGCCAGACAGCUCCGGGAGCAAGCCCGUGUUCCCCGAGCCCUGCAGGUCCGAUGUCAGGGAUCUGAAGACGUGCAGCCCCUGUGCCCUUCCAUUUUACCAAUUAGGCAGGUAAAAUAUAUAUAUUAAUAUACAAAUAUUGAAAAAGUAACGCAGCCCGAGCCUCACCCUGCCAAAAGCACCUGGCACUGGGAUCAGCAUUCGCGUGGCCUGAUGUUUCCGUCCUGAGGUGGCUCUAGGUCGGGAUGUGUGUGGUAGGAAGGUGGUUUGUGUGCACGCUCACGAGAAGUGCAAACACAGAAGGUAAAGCACAAGUUUUUGAGAGCAAACUUGCCGGUACUCCCAGAUGGAGCACUCGGCCCAGUUACUUAUUUUCCCUCCGAAAUGGAAAUAUGCGUAAGCUGUGCAGCCCACCCCCUUCAGACAUAGGGACGUAGGGCAAAAUCUAAGAAUCAGUUUCCGCAUAAGUGGUUCAUGCUGUGUACAAUUGUUAUAAACUCAUGCUUCCAGAAGAGAUCUAUGUCAUAGUUCUGAAAAUAAGGAUUUUAUAAUGUAAAUAUUACCAGAACAUAGAUAUUUUACUUUAUAUUUCGUUUGAAAGACAAGGUGUUUACAUUAGCAUUCGGUUUUUAGAUGCUUUUUAAACAAACAAACGAAAGAAAACCAAACCAAAUAACCCAAAGCUCCCGAGCUUGUCCCACUCGUGCUGUCCCACAGACCAGGUCCCUUUUUCCAGGCGUGUGUGCUGGGGCUCAGCACCCGUCUUGGCCGUGUGCCCCAUUCCCUGUGCACGCAUGGGCCCCCGCCACAGGCGAUGCUGGGACCAAACCCAGCAGUUUGGGGCAGUUUUCCUUCAUGCUGUUUUUGCCAGUGUUUCGCAUAGCUUUUCAGUUCACUUGGUGUUUUUUUGGGAGCAUUGAAUGGUGUCUCUGCUCCCCGGCCCAGGCUGCUUCGCAAGGAGACGCUGCUCUGCGCUGACAGCUUGGUUUUCCUGCCUGGUUGGUGUCUGAGCAGAGAGCAGAGCAGGGAUGUUUAUUAGCCGGGGUAUUUCCCUUCCCGCAUGCCGUACAAGCAUGGCAGCAGACACUUUUCUGCCCUCCCAAGCAGUGCCAUGCUCAGGGAGGGAACAGAGCAGUUGUAUUUCUACAUCUGAUGCGCAGGAGCCUGCUUGGCUCCUUCCCCUGGCUUUCAGGAGGUGUCAGCAGAAGAAAGGUUAUGGGGAGCAGCCUGCAAUGUAUCAGACUUAAACUCAGAGCAGCAAAUGAGGGUGUACGUAGGGACAUUUACCAUCAAUUCCAGCCUCUGUAGUGGUGGCAAGAGCCCCCAGCUCCACCACAUCCAGGGCACUUGAGCUCCGCAGGCUUCACCUCUGCAUUUAGGCAGGAAAACCUGGGUGUCUGCAGGCAGAGGGCAGGCGGGUCGGCAGGAGCUGGAAGGCAGCAAGGGUCCGUGGUCUGUAAGUCACCUGGGUUCCUGCAGCUCAGCACCACCUCUCGGGCUGGGAGCAUGCACACAAACAUGUCAACAAAAGCUGGGAGGCUCCAAGCUCUAGUCCUGCCUGGCCCUCCUCCCUCGGCAGCACUCAGCCUGUUUGAUUAAAAAAGGAAGCAUUGAAAUAGUCACUAGGCUUGGUGCGUGCACAGAAAGGCCUCAGCAUGGUCCCUUUGAGCACUGUUCCCUUGUGCUGGGUCCUCUCGCCACGUGCCCUGGCACCUGCAGGUUCAUCGUGUUGUAAAUGGGGCCGGGGUGUUUUUCUCCACAGACACCUGCAGACUUGGCUCUUUAGAUGUAAGGAACAGAAAGUCCUUUUUUUUUUGCAACUUUUCUUCUCCUGUUUGCUGCAAGUAUUGAAGUUUCACAGCCAGCCGAGGGUGCUCCUUGCAGGAGGAGUUCCAGAGCAACUUUCUACAUUAACAAUAUCUAAUAACUAUGAGAUCAUUCAAUACUAGAAAACAUUACCAAAUCAAAAAGAUUUCAUUUGGCGUUUACUUUUCUUCUUAAAUACCACUCCCCUGCUGUGAAGCUGCUGGUUAUUUUUGCUGUAAGGCUGCCGGCCAUCAAACUCCUGGCUCUGUGCUGAGCUCUCACUACGUGCGUGUGGCUUCCCUUGCAAAACCUUGUCCCGAGCGCAAUCGUGCAGCGAGGAAGUUGCACAACUGCACACUCCUCCCGGUGCAGGUUGCUCUUAGGAUGUCAGCGCAGUUAUGUGAUAUUUAAAUUACGUUACUUUUUUGUCUUCAGCACGCCCUUUCAGGAUUUAUCCAUUAUAGCGGGUUUUUUUUUAACAUCGGUGAGAAAAAAAGCCAAUGCCUCCUGUAACGUUAAGGUGAGCUCUGGCUCCCAGGGCAGCAUUUUCCCUGGCUGUAGGCACCGGGAUGUGUCGCAGCGGGGUGCUCGCGGGGUCCCUUUUGCCUGGCCUUUGGGCUGCACCAGAGAAAAAUGCUGCUUACGCCCAUCGUUUUGAAGCCAUGCACACCUGCAGGUGAGAGCCAGCUGCCUUUCCUUUUAACAUGAUCAGGGAAGUCGUUCAGUGCCCAGGUGAAAACUUGCCCUGCUCUUGCAGGGGCAGUUAUUUUCUCAGCGAGACCCCACACGCCGUACUUGUGCUCCUUUCCCGGGGCCCGGGUGGUUCAGGGCAAACAUCCCAGUGGUGCUUCCCGAGGCUCCUGAAGCACGAGUGUCACAUCAGGAGCCACGGCUUCACCUUUUUGCAACAGAAACAUUUCCAAAUGGCCAGACUACCGCGAGAAGGUGUCGUAUUUUUAAAUGACCUAAGAAGAGGGUCAAGCAUUUUUUACCGAAAAUGCCCUCAGACGUAUGUUGCAAUUCUGUGUCUCAGAUGAACCCAUCUCCGUUUGACUUUUUUUCUUAAUAGAGCUGAUGGUGCUCUCCCUGAACACGUAGCACCUAUUUCAGCUCAUGCUUGAGAAAGCCAGUUCUAUAUCCUGAAUAUGGAGUGAUUCUCCCCUAGUCCUCUGUUGUCAAAGGCGUCAUCGUUAUGUGAAAAUGUCUUUGUUAAAAAUCUUAAUUUUGAAGCUUAUCGUGACUGAAAUACAUAAUAUCAUCACAUUAUACUUUCCCUGUAAGAAAUUUCUGUCUCAAAGACUUCAUUUCAUAGCCAGAAUUCUUAUUCUUUUUCUCACAAAUUUACAAGGAAAGCAAUUCUCGUAGAGCUAGGAAGUUUUAUGAUUUUUUUAUGAUGUAUUUUAAUCCUCACUUCAUUGCAGGGCAGGAAAAAGGCCUGUAGAAAUAGCCCACACCUCCUGUACGAUCUCCCCUUGCAUUUCAGGAGGGACUGCCUGACAAUUUUCUUGAAAAUCACAGGUGUUGGUGAGGCAAUGUUCCUCAAGGGUUUGCACAGAAGCAGGACUUCACUACAGGUCGAGCAGUAUGCGAUAAGAUACCGCAGGUUUUAACAGGUGCUUAGAAUAUUUAUUUCUUUGUUAGAACUCUCUCUUUCCUGACAAGCAGCAAAUUGCUGGGGAAAUGCCACACUGCAGUUUGGUCCUGUAAUCCAUGCAUGGUGUGUUUGAAACCCACUCCUUUCUCCCAGCUCCAGCUACGUCCAGGAUGCUCUAAGGCUAAUGAAAUUGGGCAGGUGCUUUGGUGGCACAAAUCUUACCCAAAAUUGAGUCACAGUUUGAGAGAGGAAUCGCGUCAGGUCUCGGUUUGCAGCUCUGGUCCUGCACAGGCAGGCUGGCAGCAGGGGGACAAGGGAGGCUGGGCUGCGCCCCGCUGCUGCAGCCCCUCCAGGCUCAAAGGGAGCCCCAGCAGCGAAUUGGGUUCCCCGGGGUAUCACCCUGUAUAAGCUAUAUCAUUUUAUGAAAUCCCUCGUGUAUAAAAUGUUUAUAAAUAUUUGUGGAUUAAGAUACACAGGUCUAUUUUUAAGAUUUAAGUUAAAUAAGUUAAUGAAUGGCUGGCCUUUCUUGCCUAAACGUGCAAUGAGAUAUAUUAUACCUUUAGUCUACGAUGGCCUAGGUACUGCUUAGUCUGUGAUGAAAACUUUGCUGCUUACCUAAUGUUCUCAGAGAAAAACUGUAAAAGACGUACAGGUUUGUUGCACAUGGACUAGUGCAGCAAAGCUUUGUAUUUGACCACUGGUAAUAUGAAUGUGUUGUAUUGACUUGUUGAAGAUAAUCAUGAGACAACAUAUUUUAAAUGUUACUUGCCUUAUAGAUUAGGAUACAAAUAUGUGGAUAUCAUUUUUGUAAAUAAUGUUUUUUAUAAAUGUCUUUCCUCCAUUCUCCCUAUCACCCAUUUCACAAAAUCUUGAAUAUGCAAUUAUUUACCAUGCAUAAUAUUGCAACAAAUAAACCCCCACAUCAGAACAAAGUUUAUUAAUUCUAUACAUGAGAACCACAUUAAACACCCAAUUAAGUUGCAAUUUAAAUGUGAUUUUUUUUUUCCUUGAAAAUAAAAACCAGA